AUGGGCUCUGUGGCAUCUCACCACAAAUACCCCAUGCCUCAUAGGAUAACGCCCCAAACUGACACAAUGGUCAAUAGAAGUGUCGUCGGAGAUUAUAGACCACUUUAUUGGGCCGACUGCUAUGCUCCUCUCUCAGGCGAAGCCCAAACAUUACCGCGAUGCGGUCGGGAAAGUUUCAAGCCUAAAGAGGACUCUACUCCACGCUCACUUUCUCUUGGAGGGUGCAUGGACGGAUGGAACUCGGCUGCAGCCAAACCAGCGCUCCGCUUGCCUCUGCUCGUCCGUGCGUUUGCUUCCCAUACGAUGCCGUUCAGCGGGCCAGUGUUGAGGCUUCAGUUGGCGGGCUUAGCCCUUCUCAUCAUGUCAUUAUGGCUGUACUUCGACACACAAGAGAACGUUCAGGCCGUGAGGGACAUGGACCAGUACAUGGAGGGCGUUUACAUAUUCAUGGUUGUUGGAUCCAUAAUGGUCGUCGUCGGCUUCCUUGGAUGCUGCGGAGCCCUGUGUGUAUCUCAAGUCAUACUUACCGCCAAACAAGAGAUGGAGAGGAAGAAAGCUUUGAAGGCAAAUUCUUUUGGAGGCCAGUAUCAAUCAGACCUGAAUGAGAAAUUUGCACUCCCUUUUUGA